AUGAAUAAAGCAGCAGGAAAUACACUUUUAUGGAGAAACGAUUUUUAUUAUAUGAAUUUAUUAAAUUUAUCAGCUCUAGAAAACCCAAAAUGAGUGAGCUUCAGUGAAGCUACUUAUGCCUCUAAUAUAAUCCUAGCUCAUGGGGCCAUUACCAACAUAAUUUCUAUAUAUCUUGAAUUCUCAUCCUCACCUAGUGCAAUUUAUAUAUAUAAUAUAACAAACACCAAAGAGCCUAUCCUUAAUCAAGUAAUAUCAGAGUAUUAUGGAAUCUUAAUAAGCAAACUUUCAGUUACUGGUAUGUACAUGGAUUCAAUGUAUUUGUAUGCUCUUGAUGCGAUAAUAAUAAAAUGGCUCAGUGCGAAAUUAGUUAUCUCCGAGAACUAUUCCUUCCUUUGCUUUUAUUAUUAUGGGGUUCAGUUUUUUCCAUGUGGAAGUUUAUCUGCAACACCAAUAUGGAAUAUCAUAUAGGGUAUUUCUUUGGUCCAGGGUUAGGAGACAUAUGGUUUUCUGCUUGACACACACGAGUAGGGUGGCCCUUAGGCGGAACAGGUGCGGGAACUUUUUUUUUUUAUUUUUAAAUAAGAGGGUUAAGAGUAUUUAAUAAUUAUUUUUACAGCAAAAAAUUUAUUAAUUUUAUAAGAAUACCAAUUUUUAAUAUUUUGAAUUUUUGGUUACCCCUUUAAACUGUAUAAAUUUUAAUUUGUUUCUUAUAGAAUUAAAAAAUUUAAAUUUUAAAAAAUCUCUAUUUUAUUAGAUUAUUGAGUUUUUAAGCCUAGAUUGAUAACUAAAGCACUUCGGAUGAUUGAUUUCGUAGCUUUCUGUCGUCUCAAAGCCUCUGACAACAACUUCAUUAGGCACAUUUCCCAAGCUUUUGAUAACUAAUAUAUUUUAAUAUAUAUAAAAAUCUGCAUGAUAUGAAAAUCGUUCGAUCAAGGGGUGGGGUUAAUUUUCCCAAUUUUUAGGAAUUUUUACAGUGAAUCAGUCGAUCAAGGACGGGUGUAA